AUGGACGAAGAUGAUGACAUUCGCAUUGUGCCAUUCACCGAAGAAGAAAAGGCUCGCCUGAAUGAAAAGGUUCGAAAAAUGAAAUUUGCUCGACCUCCACCAAAACUUCCAUCAACAAAACGGCCUGGAAUCACGUCAAGUCUCAAGACAACGCCGCAAACCUUUUUCGAUAUUGCUGAGGAAAAACCUUUGAGCGAUGCUGUUGCCGAUUCCUCCAACAUUUAUUCCGAUAGCGUCAUGGAAUGCUCCGAUAUUUAUCCCGACAGCGUCGCUACCCUCUCUACUGCUCAAUAUAGCAGAAACACGAGGACAUUUAAUGAGAGCGCUUUGGAGGAAAAGGAUAGUGAGCUAGAAGAACAGUUCGUCACUGAACAGGAUUCAAGUUGCUGUCAAGCUGAACCCGUUGAGAUGGAGGAAGAAACUGCUACAUUCCAUCUAAAAGAAGAUUUCCAUGAAGUAAAUGUGAGGUCGUUCGAAACUAGUUGGAGCCUCUCUUCCCCCUCAGAUGUCCAUCCUGUGGAAUCGAUCACUGCAACUAGCCCCGUCGUGUACAGCAAGAAACUCGAGAUGGCCCUUCGUAAAGAUCGAGGUGGCCUCCUGGAAGUUACGCAACGUGUCAGUGGGAAGUAUGGGAGAUUUGAGGAGCCGAAAUACGGCCCUUUGCUUCUAACGACCUCAGUGUCUGUAGCUUCUUUGAAGGACAUUAUGGAAUCCAGUCUCACAAGCCUGACCUCAUUCCUGCGUUCUGGCAGAAUAAUACCCAAAGAAACAGAAGAGAAAGAAGAGAACGCUGAACCGGAAAGUCCAAGUGGCACUACCACAAAGAAGGAUGAAGAAAGUCCCGUGUACAAACAAAGUAUGGCUGUCCCCACACUACUUUCCCCUAAAAAGAAGAGCAGAAGAAAAGUGAAGGUCAAGAGGAAAAGCCAUCGGAGUGGUGAAUCAAGCAGGCCUGCAUCUUUGUCAGAUGACAAGCCAGAAGAGUCUGUGAAGAUCAGAGAUGGAGAACAACGGAAAAGAACAGUGUCAGUUGUGUCCACAACUUCUGAUUCUUCUAAACAGUCUAUAAAGAUUGUAAUUCGGAGAGAUAUCCCCUGCAAAGUCGUCAAAACUCCAUCGGUUGCAUGUGAAAAGAAGGCAACAUCGCUCAGGAGGUCGGCGGAGAGCAGUAGUGCAUUUGUGAAGGACUGUGAUGAGCGGAGUUCAGUUCCAAGUCCAUCGAAGAAGCCACGUCUUCCCGUUCGUGUGAAACUUGCCCCUCCUAGAGCACGUUCGAUAAGUUCUCCACCGACAUUGACGAAGGCUCCGCAGGAUAGAACGAAAUCGACUUCUGCCACACAAACUUCAACUCCGCUCAUCGAAAGAUCCAAAUCGCGAGCAGAGGAAGGUUCUGAUGAUAAGAUUCGCACGGAUUCAAGGAUACCGACGAGUGCUGCACCUGUUAGUCCCAUCCCAACGACCUCCUUGUUAAGGACAUCAGCGGUGAAAAAAUUCCACUACUGGAAUAAACCUACAUUUGAAGAAGAUGCAUUAGCUGCAAAGUUGAGUAAAUUGAUGGGCUUUGAAGUCAGCACUUCUAGUCCGUUGUGGUUCCACGAAUUGCAAAAGAAGGCAAGCGAGUACAUUCGUAUGUUGGAUGCAGAGAACAACAAUGUCCGUGAAUUGAUGCGUGAUCUGGACUAUUUCCGUAAGAACAGAGAAAACGAGCUUUCUCGAUACAAACGAUUGCUCGCAGAAAGUGAAGAUUUGGCGGCCAUUUCAAGAAGAAAUCGAAGCACAACAAACGCUCCAUCUGCUCCAGAUCUCAGGUUACCGUGCACCUUCACCAGAGUGACGAAUGAAAAAGAUAUUCCUCGUGAUCCUGCUCCGUCUUCCGUCGAACCAGUAAAGCCACCAUAUGUUGAGUAUACAAGGCCGGUCUUACAGUUUCAUAGAGGAAUUCCUUCGCCUGCUCAUGUGAUCCAUUGUCGGAACCCUCCAGGAGCUCGAGGUUUCUGGAAUCCAGUCAUCGCCAACAAGAGUGGUGUACGCUACGAGCGCACAUGCGGAGUAGAAGCAGCCAGAAAUAGCGGUACUGUUUGA